GGACGGCGUCGUGACAUCAUGACGCACAGCGUGACGCGGACGUGAGAAAGAGGAUAAACAAAAAAGGAAGGAAGCCUUCGGCAGUACAAUCGCGGCAAAAUCGGUUCAAAAAUUUAGCUCGUGAGCUACAGUUAGGCACUCCGUGCGGCCUUUUGUUGUCUCGUUAGGCAGCAUUUGGUGUUUGCAAUCAUGGACGAUGCAAUAAUAUUUCGUAUGAGUGCGUUUUCCGAGCAAGGAGGGAGGAAAUACAUGGAGGAUGUUGUCGAGAUAAGAAUCGAGUAUGAGCCGACGUCGGCGGCUAGCGAAGACUACACAAAGUCACACAGACACGGGGGACAGGACAACGCGGAUAGCGACUCGCCGAAACGCGCUGAAAGCGAGCUGCAAGCACAAAAUGUGCCGACCGAGCCUGGCCCGGUUUCUGCUAUGUGGGUUGAGAGCCUGGCCAGCGAGGAGACCGGCGACCGCGGCGCGCCGCUAUCCGACGAAAAAGUCGAGGAGCGCCUUGUGGACACUCGGAGGUCCGUGGCGUUUUUCGCCGUGUUUGACGGUCACGGGGGCCGGGAAGCAGCCCAUUUUGCCAGAGAACAUUUGUGGGAUUUAUUAAAGAGACAGAGGGGCUUUUGGUCCAAGGAUCACUCGGAAGUAUGUGCUGCUCUCCGGAAAGGAUUCAUCGCCUGCCACCAUGCAAUGUGGAAACAACUACCGGAGUGGCCCAAAACAAUUACAGGGCUCCCCAGUACAUCAGGAACUACAGCAAGUGUGAUUGUGAUCCGUGGAGUUCACAUGUAUGUAGCUCACGUGGGAGAUUCAGCAGUAGUGGUUGGAGUGAAAGAAAACGAAUCGGAUAUCACACUUCAAGCGCUUGAAGUCACGCAAGAUCAUAAACCUGAACUUCCGAAAGAGAAGGAAAGGAUCGAGCGACUGGGUGGGAGUGUAAUGAAGAAAUCUGGGGUUAACCGCGUAGUGUGGAAAAGACCCCGACUUACGCACAACGGUCCAGUGAGGAGGAGCACAGUCAUCGACCAGAUCCCCUUCUUGGCAGUGGCGCGCUCGCUUGGUGAUUUAUGGAGCUAUGAUUUCUACAGUGGAGAGUUUGUAGUCUCGCCAGAGCCCGAUACCACAGUGAUGACCCUUGACCCCAAACGACAUCGCUACGUGAUCCUUGGCAGUGAUGGUCUAUGGAACAUGAUGCCUCCGAAGAAUGCCGUCAAUAUGUGUUAUAGCCAUGACAAAAUGGUGGGGCCGAAAGGAAUGUCUUGUGCCUGCCGGUUGGGAUGCACCGCACUACUAUUUUGGAAAGAGCGCAUGCUUCGCGCUGACAACACAACAGUCAUUGUGCUGGCACUGCAGGAGCGCAGCGGCCCCACUAUCCCGAUGCAUCGAGAUGAGAUUAUGGUCGACAUGGCUCAGGGAAUUGACCACAUUCCCUUCCCGGGAACCCCUUACAACAUAUAUGAGGUUCCGAAGGCGGAGCGUGAGGAUGGCAUGUUUAAUGAAGAAGAUGAGAUAUAUGGAGAAGAACAUGAGGGAUGGACAUGCCUGGAGUGGUAGUCAGCGUCAUGAAGCUGAGAAUGCCUCGUCUCUACUUAAACAACGUACAAAGACAUUGGAGCAGGCAUUUGGCGUGUAUGAAGCGGCUUUCUGUGCCACCGCCCACGACUUGCCUGACGUUGACUCCGCGGGAACCACGCCGUCCCCCUUGGACGGGCCGCUGAAUGUGUUCCAAAAGCAAGACUCGGCGAUCCACGUGGACCGGACUUCUGAGUCGGCUUCUCCGUUAAAAAGGUCUCACCGCACUCCACACAUUGACCCUGAAGAUGAUCAGCGUGGUAAAUCCCCAGACAAAAAUUUGCCUCAUAAGACGCCUCGCAGCAAAAGUGAACGAUCGUGUGAAAUUCACAAGCGAGACAACGACAACACAGCUGGACCGCAGCAGCACAAGGCUUUCUUGUGUGUGUACUGAGUGGGAUAACCACAAGCCUCUUUUGAGAUAUUUUGACUUUAUUUGUAUAAAGUCACUCAUUUGUAAAUAUAUGGCGAACGUUGCAAUUUAAAAUGUGCUUUGUUUUUACAUUUUUCUCCUUUGGCUUAGACUCCCUGCCCCAUCUUUAAAUUUCAGUGUUGGCAGAAAUUGUAGAUUUGUUCAUUGUAGGCUGUCUAUUUUCAUACUUACACAUGAAUAUAAUGACAAUAGUAUAUAUUGAAAGAAUAUUUUAGUGAGUAAAAAUGUCACCGGUUCCUUUAGAAGGAGUUUGACUCUUUGGAAAUUAAAGUCUAUUUUAGGAUUGUUUGGAUUUUAUCAAUCUUUCUCAAAUGCUCCCAAAAUUCAGACCAGCUGUCAGCAGCACCCAGACAUACUGCUGUUGAUGUUUUAUUCUGUUUUAUUAUAUUUAUUUUCAGUCCCAUACAGCUAUUCCUUCACCCCACGAGGCUUUGCAUGAAUUGUGGGAGUGACUUCCGAUUUGAACCGGAACCAGUGUCUUGUUUACACAGUAACUGGUUGCGCGAAUCCACUUUCGAUGACACAGACUUAAAUAAUGUGGAAACGCUUGUGGUUGCAGCUCGAAAGAGAAAACAUUCCAAUUCGGCUGAUUAAGACUGACAUGAAAAUAUUGACUCAUUAACAAUGAAAUUAUUAUGAUUGAUCAGGAGUCCCAAAGCAUGUCACACAUUCAGCCAGCCCAAAGUCCCUGACCGGCCCUCCCAGUGGGUAUGAAAUC